GCACCUGCAAGGCUGCAAUCGCUAGCGCACAAGCUCCUGCCGCUAAUCGCAUUAUUUUAAUUAUUAAUUAAUAAAUCCCACCGCCACUACUAAUCGCACUACCACUACUACAAGACUACCCGGUAAAUGCAAAGAUCGCAAGUCCACGGCCCGCCGGCCCCCCAAUCCCCACCCUCCACUUCUGUCGCCUCGGCGGCCGGUAUCUUCCAGUCCUCCUCCGCUUCGUCGUCCAGCCUCCCGCUCCACCGGGGCCUCGCCAUUGAUGGAGUACGAGCGCAUCCAUGAGCCGCUCCCGCGUCGUCAGUCCGGCGGAUUCUCUCCAGCUAAGCUACGAGCAAUGCUUCGCGGGCUAGAGAAGCACCAGCGCAACAACGGCGAGGACACGUCGCCGGAGGCCAACGACUCCGGCGAGCUUGACGACCGGAGGAGCUUGGAAUGCUCCACCUCCACCGAGAUGUCGAGCAACAGCGGCCACAGGUCAAGAAACCGAGCCCCGGACGACGACAGCUUCGACUCGGAGAGCAGCUCAUCGGGGCCGCCGACGGUCAAGAGGUCGACCGCGGUCGCCGCGUUACUGCCGCCCUUCUCUCGGCCAACCCCGUCCAAGUGGGACGACGCCGAGAAGUGGAUUUCCAGCCCGACGUCAAACCGUACUGGCCGUGCGGGGCCUACCGCCGGAACUGUGCCAAAGAAGUCUGCAUUGGCAUUCCCUGAACAUGGAGGCCGUCCACCAGCCGUUGCUAAGGUGGUCACGGAUGUGCCUACCAACACUGGACCAUUGGUUAAGAAUUCAGAUGGUCUUGCCGAUCCUGAUUUACUUAAACCUGCACACAAUGCUUCAAUAGUUGACGAACCAGCACCUGCAGUUAGGUCUGUCUCUAUGAGAGACAUGGGAACAGAAAUGACUCCAAUUGCCAGCCAGGAGCCUUCCCGGACCGCGACUCCUAUAAUUGCAUCUAGUCCAACUUCUUCUCGGACACCAACUCCACAACGCACCACAGAACUCAGUGUGAGUAAUAUAGAUUCUAACAAAAUGGAGAUGUCUGAAGAGGAGCUACAAAUAAGUACAAGACAGGAAAUUAUGGAUCUUGGCGAAAGGUUAGGCAAGACAACUAUAGCUGCAUGGGCAAGCAAGGAAGAGAAAACUGCCGCACAUUCCACGAGUACUACAGCCUAUAAGGCUGUCGAUAUCAACAGGGAGAAUCGAGCGGCAGAUUGGCAGGAGGCAGAGAAGGCAAAGUAUCUUGCAAGGUUUCAGAUGGAGGAAGCAAAGAUCCAAGCUUGGGAAAAUCUCCAGAAAGCGAAAAUUGAAGCUGAAAUGAAAAGGAUAGAGGCUAAGAUAGAGCGAAAACGGGCGCGCGAGCAGGACAGGCUCGCGAGCAAGCUGGCCGCAGUAAGCCACCGAGCGGAGGCGAAGAGGGAGGCCGCGGAGGUGAGGAGGAACCAGGAAGCCGCGAGAACGGAGGAGCAGGCAGCCCAGAUCCGAGAAACCGGGCAUACGCCUUCCUCCUUCUCCUGCUGGUGCUGGUGCCUGUGAUUCUCAUUCCUUCUCUGAAUCGCCAGCUCUAGUCACCCGCCUUGUAACAUAGCAUGAUCCGUGUAAUCUUUGGGCGUGGUAGAAAAAUUGCUCACUGUACGACUCAUAGUGUAGUGCCCUGAUCUCACGGUAUCUCGUCUUCUCAGGAAGGAAUGCAGCAGUGUUUUCACUUUUCAGUUUUCA